AUGGCGGCACAGCCCAUCACACUAGUCACAGGAGGUGCAGGACACCUUGGAGGUAACCUGGUUCGGGCGCUGCUUGCCCGUGGACAGGAGCGGGUCCGGUGCAUCAUUCGCUCCGGCUCAAACAACCAGGCGCUGGAAGGGCUCGGGGUGGAGCUUGUCGAGGCUGAUCUGCGGGACGAUGCUGCGGUGGAGGCAGCCGUUGCUGGUGUCGACUACGUGUACCAUCUUGCGGCAUUUGUCUCCAUCCGGCAUGGCGAUCGGAAGAACUUGUUUGACGUCAACAUCGAAGGCUCGAAACGGCUGAUGCAGGCGUGCCUGGCGGCGGGAGUGAAGCGGGUGGUCUACUGCUCCUCGUUUGGAGCCGUCCGCAACGUGGCCCCUGCGCCGUGCACUGAGGCGUCAACUUUCUCACCGUACGAAGAGACGACCGACUACGAGGUCUCCAAGGGCUUUGCUGAGGGCGAGGUCUUGCGGAUUGCUGCCCAGGGCCUCGACGUGGUGGUGGUCAACCCGUCGGGCAUCAUCGGCGGGCACGACUACAAGCCGUCGCUCACCGGGCAGUCUAUUCUCGAGUUUGCCGCGGGCAACAUUCGAGCGUACCCGACGGGCGGCUUUGACUUUGUCCACGUCGACUCGGUCGUCGACGGGUGCCUGGCGGCGAUGGAGCGCGGCAAGACCGGCGAGCGGUACCUGCUGACGGGCGAGUGGGUGGCGAUGAAGACCGUCUUUGAGUGGCUGGCCGAGUUUACCGGCAGGCCUGCGCCGUGGCUCUGCGUUCCGGGCUCGGUCAUGAUCCCGUUUGUGCGCGCAAAGGACUGGAUCGAGCGCACCUUCUUCCCGGACGUGCUCCCGCGGUUCAACGAGAACUCGAUCCGCCUGCUCAACUGCGGCAAGUGGGCCGACCAUUCCAAGGCCGAGCGCGAACUCGGCGUGGUCUUCAAGCCGACCAAGGACGCGUUCCGCGACGCCGUCGCCUGGUUCAUCGAGGUCGGCGCCAUCAAGGCGCCGUCGGGCUACACCCCACCGCCGGGCUAUUCGCUGCCGUCCAAGCUCUGA